ACUGGCAGUACACGCACUCAAAUAGUCCAUAAUCUCAAGCUCUCGAAUCAGCCGCCGCCACCAGUCCACCACACCUCUCUCUAAAAAGAACCAACACACAAAAAUCUAGAAAUAUAGGGAAAAAGAGAGAAAUGCGGAACCUCUUUUUACUAUAAAUCGCUUCGGAGAUCCGAUCAUAUCGAUCGCCGGAUUAUCCUCCUGUGUAGUACCGUGAUCCCUUCAAGCCUACCAUAGAAAACAAUUUCUUAGGGUUUCUUCAAAGAUAUUUUUAUUGCUUUUUGUAUUUUUUGGGUUUCAAUGGCUUCGGAGGAUGUGAAGACUAGCGAAUCGGCGGUUUCGAAGAUCGUUAAUCUAGCCGAGGAAGCGAAGCUAGCGAGAGAGGGCGUCAAGGCACCUAGCUAUGCUAUUCUUAGCAUCUGCAAGUCCCUCGUUGCCGGCGGCGUCGCCGGUGGACUGUCACGAACUGCCGUUGCUCCCUUGGAACGUUUAAAGAUAUUACUUCAGGUUCAGAAUCCACAUAGUAUAAAAUACAAUGGAACGGUUCAAGGCUUGAAGUACAUUUGGAGAACGGAAGGUUUUCGUGGAUUAUUCAAAGGCAAUGGUACUAAUUGUGCACGGAUUGUUCCGAACUCUGCGGUCAAAUUCUUCAGUUACGAACAAGCUUCAAAGGGAAUCCUGUAUUUGUAUCAACAGCAAACAGGCAAUGAAGAUGCUCAACUCACUCCUCUUUUACGCCUUGGAGCUGGAGCAUGUGCUGGAAUAAUUGCCAUGUCUGCAACUUACCCACUGGACAUGGUACGAGGAAGGCUUACUGUACAGACAGAGAACUCUCCUUAUCAGUACAGAGGUAUGUUCCAUGCUCUGUCAACUGUGUUGCGGCAAGAAGGCCCACGGGCAUUGUACAAGGGUUGGCUUCCUUCUGUCAUCGGAGUUAUACCGUACGUGGGUUUGAACUUUGCUGUCUAUGAAUCUCUAAAAGAUUGGUUAAUAAAAAAUCCCCAGUUUGGUUUUGUUGAGGACUCUGAGUUGAGUGUGACAACCAGGCUUGCUUGUGGGGCUGCUGCUGGAACUGUUGGACAAACUGUUGCUUACCCUCUUGAUGUCAUUCGUAGAAGAAUGCAAAUGGUAGGAUGGAAAGAUGCGGCAUCAGUUGUCACAGGUGAUGGGAGGAAUAAGGCUCCUCUUGAAUAUACUGGCAUGAUUGAUGCAUUCAGAAAAACUGUUAGGCAUGAGGGUUUUGGAGCAUUAUACAAGGGUCUGGUCCCUAACUCUGUGAAGGUUGUACCAUCAAUAGCUAUUGCAUUCGUGACAUACGAGGUGGUGAAGGACAUUUUAGGAGUUGAGAUCAGAAUAUCAGACUAAACUGGUACCAAUUCAGCUUAAUGUUCAAGGGAUGUGUGUGCUAUUUUUGUAGGUAAGGGGAUAUAGAGCAAGAAAAACUAGGGGAUGGUCUUUUUAACCAUUUUUUGUCUAUCGCAAAAAAAUGAUUUUAGAAACUGAUAUGAGCCUGCCCAUAAUUUAUUCCGUGUUUUGCUAUGUUACCUUGUGAACACUGUAGCUUUCGGCUCCCCAUUCAUAUUCCGUGUCAAUAAAAACUGUACUAGUAUCAA